AAAGAGACAGACAUAAAUGUGGUAAAAACAAUCAACGAUGAUGUUAGAGUAAAAAAAAAACCAAUAAUGUGUUGAUUGUUAGUUGUUCCUCCCUCCGAGUUGAACACGACUCUCAGAAACAACAAGUCCAGUGGUUGUUGUUUUCAGUUGACUUUAAGGUUUCCGAUCGAAAUUUGAUAAACAUCAAUGGCGGGUCGCAGAGAUGCAUUGCUGACCAGAGAUAAGAAUCAUUCAAUCACCGCUUCUCGGAUCGCCGUUGCCGUUUUCAUCGGUGUUCUUCUUGGUUGCAUCUUCGCUUUCUUCUCUCCUCAUGGUUUCUUCAUUUCCACCACCUCAACUCAGACCAUUCUCAGCCACAAGAUUGUUUCGACAGAGUGCGAAUCGCCAGAACAAGUUAAUGUGUUGAAAUUGAAUAUUCAAUCAGCUAAAGAGAAGAAUUUUGAGCUGAAGAAGCAGGUGAAAGGUCUAAUGGAGAAGCUGCGUUUGGCGGAGCAAGGAAAGGGUCAUGCUACGGAACAGUUUGUUGUGCUUGGUGAGAAGCACAAGGCUGGUCCUUUUGGUACUGUCAAGGCUCUCAGAACAAAUCCUUCUGUUAUUCCCGAUGAGUCAGUGAACCCUAGAUUGGCAAAACUCUUGGCGGAAAUUGCUAUUUAUAAAGAGGUCGUUGUUGUUCUGGCUAACACUAAUGUGUUGGAGAUGUUACAGGUAUGGUUCACCAAUAUCAAGAAGGUUGGCAUAUCUAAUUAUUUGGUUGUUGCAUUAGAUGACAGAAUUGAAGAGUUUUGUAAGUCAAAUGAUGUUCCUGUCUAUAGAAGAGACCCGGAUCAAGGUGUUGAUUCGAUUGCCAAGUCAGGUGGAAACCAUGCUGUUUCCGGACUGAAAUUUCGCAUUUUGAGAGAGUUUCUUCAAUUGGGUUACAGCGUUCUCCUCUCAGAUGUUGAUAUUGUGUAUUUGCAGAACCCCUUUGAUUAUAUUUAUAGGGAUUCAGAUGUGGAGUCAAUGUCGGAUGGGCAUAAUAACCAUACAGCUUACGGGUUUAACGAUGUCUUUGAUGAACCUAAAAUGGGUUGGGCUAGAUAUGCUCAUACCAUGAGAAUAUGGGUUUUUAACUCUGGCUUUUUUUACAUAAGACCAACACUUCCUUCAAUUGAGCUUUUGGAUCGCGUUGCGGACCGGCUUUCUAAAGAGAAAGCAUGGGAUCAAGCAGUUUUUAAUGAAGAACUUUUUUACCCUUCACAUCCUGGUUAUGAUGGACUUCAUGCUGCAAAGAGAACAAUGGAUAUGUACCUUUUUAUGAACAGUAAGGUUCUGUUUAAGACUGUGAGAAAAGAUGCUAAGCUCAAGAAGUUGAAGCCUGUGAUUGUACAUGUUAACUACCAUCCUGAUAAACUUGCAAGGAUGAAGGCUGUAGUCGAGUUCUAUGUCAAUGAGAAACAAGAUGCGCUCGACAGUUUCCCAGAUGGUUCUGAUUAGUAGGAUAUCAAAAUCGAAAUCAAUAUGGUUCCAACACGAAAAUGAUUUGUAUUUUGUAUUCUCCAAUUGUUGUGGUAGAGCGGAAGGUUCUUUAAUUUAUCUCUCAGGAUCAGUUUUAUCUCACUGUUCUUUCUGUUUUCGGCCUGUCAUAUUCGAUGAUUAGACUAGUUUUUGUAAUCUAUAUACUUUUAACUUUGUAUAUGUCUUCUUGUGUGUAUGGAAGUUGAAAUUCAACGUCUUUGCAAAAAAA